GCAACACUGGCGCCUUUACGUCCCUCCACAUAAACAUUGCGGGCAGCACAACACACACGCCUUCCCUGGACCCUAAAAACAGAUAAUUACGGUGCUUGAGGGACCCGGAGGAGCCCUGGACGACAUGUGACUCCCCCCGCAGCACCCAUAGCCCCGGGCCGCAGCCAUGGCGUCCGAGAUAGAGACUUACAUCGCCCAGAACUGUGUGUGGGACAAACUUCCGCACACCGUCAGGCAGUUGCUGGGUAACUCGCAGAAGGAGUAUGAGAAGCAGGUGGCUGAGUACAGCAUCAAGACCCAGCAACGAUUCAGGGGAAACUUAGUACGGCAGAUAGUGAAGAGCGAACGUUCGUACUACGAGGACCUGCUCUCCUACAGCCGGGCACACCUCAUGAUGUACCCUUACCACCUGUCGGAUGUGGUGGUGAAGGGCCUGCGCGUCACACCCUUCCAGUAUUACAUCUCCGUGCUCACCGAGAUCAUGACGGCCGAGAAGAGCUACGACUCGCUGCCGAACUUCACCGCGGCAGACUGCCUGCGUCUCCUGGGCAUCGGGCGAAACCAGUACAUUGACCUCAUGAACCAGUGUCGGUCAAGCCGCAAGCUGUUCCGUAAGAAGAAUGUGAGGGAUCUGCUUCCACCGCUGCCCUCGGAGAUCACUGUGGAGGCCUGGUGGAUGGUGUGCGUGGGAUGCGUGACGGAGGAGGAUAUCAAGAGCCUGGUGAAGGAGAGGGAGAAGGUGGUGAUAGACUCCCUCAUCGACGUGGGUCCUCAGAAAGCCGGCGACCUUGACCGAGAGUGUGUGCACAGCCUCUACACGAAGGGCCUUGUGUACCUGGACGUACCCAUCAGCGACACGGACCUCAUCUCUGUGCCACCGCUCGAGGGCUUCGUCAUGAACAGGGUGCUCGGGGAUUACCUGGAGAGCCUCAUGUACAAGAUCUUCGUGUCCAUUGAUGAACACACGCCGGUCUGUGAGCUGGCCAAGGUGCUGGAGAUCGACCUGUCCCUCGUCAAGGUUGCUGUCUCCCUGUUCUGCCGCCUCGGUUUUGCCUACAAGAAGAAUGCCGAAAUCUCCCCCCUAGAGAUGCACCCGUCCUGGGAAGCCACGGCGGGCACCCUCACACCCAGCAAAAACCUGCCUGCCUCCACCACCACCGCAGAUGACCUUCUCCUCCUUGAGCUGGAGUCUGCACUAGCGGAGAGCACACCGGGGGAGUUGGGCACAGAGGAGGCCGGGCCCACUACCCCCCACACCCCCAUCGACGACCCCCUAAGUUCGGGUUUCUUCACCGGGCAGAACAAGCGGAUUGCGUUCCUCUACGACUCAACUCUCACGGCCUUUCUUAUGAUGGGGAACUUGUCGCAGGGCCUCAAGAGCCAUGCAGUGACCAUGUUUGAGGUGGGCAAGAUGCUGGAUGAAGGACUCGACUCUCUCAUCUCGGAGCUGGACAAGAUACAGAGGUCCGACUCCGAGGGCGAGGCGCAGCGUUACUUCGAGCACGCCCUCACGCUGCGCACCUCCGUCACCUUCCUCCGCCACAACCGAGAGCUCUGUCCGCCCUCGCAGGACCUCCCGCCCGCCCUGGACCUCAUCCGCUGGGAGUCCCUCAGCAACCUGGACCCCGCCACCACCGCCAGGCUGCUCAAGAAGAACUACCAGUUCCUGGUCUCCAUGGCGCCCCUCAGCUACGAGAUCUCGCCCAUAGAAGGAGAGACACCACCUCACUUCGGCCCGGCAGUUCCUGAGGUUAACUCCACCUGGUUCAAACUGUACAUCUACCACAUCACUGGCUCUGGUCCACCCUCGCUGCUGCUGCCUCAAGGGGAACGUCUCCGCCGGCUGCCUGAGUGCCUGGUGGGCUAUGAGAAGGUGCUGGUGACACCCUGGGGCCACGAUCCCACUGUGGUGCCCCUUGCUGCCCUCUUCACCACCGUCAACGAGGCACUCAUGCACUCACCUGUCUUCAUCCAGGCUUAUGGAUGGUACCAUGAUGUCUGCAUCCAGCACAUUCCCUUCCCCCUGGAGAGCUCUAAGUUGGCACAGCACCCGGCCGUCCAGACCCUGGCCCGACACCUGGACCUAAACCACACCUUCGGCUACAUCAAGCUGGUCGCCUUCCCCCUCGUAGACACCCCAGGAUCCUCCGCACUCUCGGCCGCGGAGAUCACCACCGGCAUGCCCCAGGGAACCGCUGCCACCGCCCCCGCCCCUGCUCGGCCCCUCCUGGCACCCCAAACCGCCCAGCUGGUGGAUGUGGUGGACGGGGAGGUGAAGGACGAGGCGGGGAGUCAGUCGUCCCUUCCCCAGGUGGUCAGUUUUGAGGAUGUGGCGAGCUUGUCCAUUGAUUCUUCCAGACCUGCUCAGGACACCCACAGUGGUGACCGAGGGGGCAUGACACUUCCCCUGAGUGGCCUUCCCUCCGUGGACCACUGGCACCUCCUGGAAUGUCAUUUCGGCCUGCCGCUCUUUGACGCCACACUCAACCAGCAGGUGUCUCGCAAGAUCACCACACACCAGCUCUUCAGCCCGGAGAGCGUGGAGAAGUUCAGCGCCUCAAACUCGCAGCUGGUGAGUCGCCUUCGUGAGUUCAUCAGCAGCAACAAGGCUCAAGGGGUGAAUCCAGAGGUGCGUCGGUCAGGAGGCUGCCGGGAGGGCGUCUCAAACCUCCCUCUCCCCACCACGCCGCUGCUCUUCUCCGAGGGGUCGCUGGCACCAUGGGAAGGUUCCUGAUGGCCCCAGCACUACCUCUCUGUUGCUCCACAUGUCCCCCGUCCCUGAUGAGGGAUCCCGAGGGCUGCAUGCAAAGGGGAGGUUCAAGUCCCGUCCGUGAGAACACGUGUGUUAUGACUGGUGCCGAUUGUUUUGUUUUUGUGCCUCCAGAAGUGGUGGUUCCUUAGAGAAGUGUCACGGUGAAGGCUUUGGCAGGACAGGAGCGGGGCCAAUCAAAUAUAUUUAUCUGUGUUAUGUACAGUUGGUGCCCCCAGCUGCCUUGGUGUGUGCUGCGUUUGUACAUAAGAGUAUUACGAUAGUGUGUUUAUGAGUGCCGCGGCGAGGCUGAGUGGCAGGUUCUGGGGGCUGGGAGCUGCAUCACAGAGGAGGGAGGGUGAGGGAACAACCUCACGCCCCACAAACACAUUCGUCCUUCUUGCACCACCUCCGUCAUUCAUCUUACAAACUGGUAACCAGGUCUCUGGGUAUUCUUAACAGAAGAAAGUAUUUUGAAAGUUUCACAAAGAAAUAAAACUCACAGACAUCUUCCAGAUGACCAAGGAACUGAUGGAAUGCCAAGUUACCUGACUGAAGCGCGUGUUUGAGUCAGUGCUCCUGUUGUGUUGAAGUGUUUGUGGGUGUGUGUCUCCCAGUGAAGUGUUAGGAAGAGUCCUGAGUGCUGGUGAGAGGAAGAGCAAACAAGGGAGGAAAGGAGCGGUUCUCUCUCUGACUUCUCUCCAUAACAAUGAUUACGUCCUUUGUAACAAUGCAAUCACCCAGAUAGGAGAGUAUGCACAGUGACACUAACACUGGAAUCUCCAUCUUAUACACACACACACACACACACUGCUCUGAACACACACACACACACUGCUCUGAUAACUCAGUGUAUUAAGGCUCUGCCCUGUCAGGCUCCGGCCUGGUGGGCAGAGGUUCGAGCCCUGCUCAGGCCAGAAAUUUUCCACUGACAAGGAGCUGUUACUGUCCUCCCUUGAGCAAGGGGGAUGGGGGGUGUGGUGUAUGAAGGUCCCGGCAGUACCCAGAGAUGAUGAGCUUGCUCUAAUGGGGAGGGUGUUUGCCGGUGAUGACGACUCCAACUCGUGAUCAGUCGAGGUGAAUUACACACAAACACAUUUUAUACAAACCUCAACCACCAUACAAAUUUUGAUUUUUUUUCAGGCUAGUAAUUCUGUACACUUCUUUUUCCCUUGCAUUGUCAUCUCCCCGUCACCUUUGUAUGGCUGUCUCCUCCACGUGUACAAUUACUGAGUUCUUUUCCAACCCAGUAAUGUUACGUAUACUCCUGUAUUUUCACUUAUAGCAUUACCUUCCCUGUUGCCUCUGAAUGCUUCUCCACACAUUGUUUGCCUCCAAAUCUCACAUGUCGUCUUCCCCGCCUCAUCAUCAUCACAACUCUCAGGCCCUUCACUUGAUCCUCCAGCCAGCCAAGUUAUUAUUCCAUUUUAUCAUAGUGGACCCUUAUUUGUACUGGUUCUCCCGGAAAGUCUAGGAUGUACAGCAGGAAAACAGUGUCAAGUAUAAAGUGGUUGAGGUUGCCUUCUUGAGGAAAUAUUUUGGAUGUGAUUUAUGAGGAAAGGUGAUUUAUAUUGAGGGAUGGCAUUUAGGUGAGUGUAUGUGUGUGUGUGUGUGUGUGUGUGUGUGUGUGUGCUCUCCAUAAGCAACCACAUAUAAACACACACACACACACACACAGCAGGGAAAGCAUCAGGUAGCAAGGUGAAGUGCGAGGCUGAACAGCAGGUGCUAAUAAAAGAGUGUCACCUGUCUCUAGGAAGUAUUCUUGGUGGGGCGCAGUAUUGCCAGGACCAUGUGACCAGGGAUGCCAUGAUAUCGUACUCACCGAACUAGAUUUUCCCAUUUCUAACGUAUAAUGACUGCAAAAAAACUAUAUAAUUAACACUUUUAGCAAUAAAUAUAAAUAGGUAUCGUUAGUUUUGUGGGUGGGACAUUUUUUAGCCUGAAAUCGGGAAAAAUAAGCUGAGUAUGAUAAUCUGGCAACGUUGCAUGUGACCCCCCUCCUCUCCCCUUCGUCCUACAUCACUACACACAAUCUCAAGGGCCAGUGUAAUGGAGAUGAGCACCAAGGCCACAUUCAGCCUUAAGCCCUGUUCACUCUGUGCUGACUCUGGGCCACAACAACCCAGCGACUCGGGGUAUACCAGGUCUUGGGUGUGAAAUAUUGAUGUGAAAGGGUCGCACAUGGUCGGAAAGAGGUCUAGAAGCGAUCGCCGGAUGCUGAUUUGACACAGUGUGAAGGAGGCCUAAAAGUCGCUGGGUUGUCGUGGCCCAGAGUCAGCAGUGUGUGAACGGGGCCUUAGUGUAUGCCCUGAACUUUACCCAUACCAUACACAACACCGGAGAGAAGUUGAGUGGUCUGAAAACAUGCCAGUGACAGCCCAACAUUACAGACCUCAAGCUGACAGUGGAAGGAAGAACAUGCCAAGCCUCCUCCUUAGUGUUUGAUGAAGGGAAGUCAGCAAGAGGUGGCAGGCAUUAAGACCUGCUCAAGGCCUGCCCAUUGCAUUGUCUGAUGUGCCAAAAAGGAGAAUCACUAACAAGACUUACACAGCGAGUCCUCAGUUUGUGUCUUGGCUGGGUACUGAGGCCACAGAAGACCUGGUUUCCUACACAGUACAUGUCUAGGAAUGGUGUGUGUUUGCAGUGAAUGUCAGUGGAACAAGUUUGUAAGAUGGAAUCAACUCAGAUAAAUAACAGCCAGGUGCAGAUGAAGGAUGCACGUCUUGAUAAUCGUAACAUUAUCAAAAUUUCAUCAGUGACAGCAUCCAGACACAUCACAGUUUUGCAGAAUGGUUAUCUGUUAGCAGAACACAGGUCAGGAACAUCAACUGGGGACUUGCUGUAUUAGUGGCAGCAGUAGUUGUUCUAAGUAGUAGUAGUAGUAGUAGUAUAGUAGCUGGAACCAGAGCUAGCAGUAGAAGAGUUGAGAUGCUGGAGUUAGUGGUAGUGAUUGUUAAAUCUGAUCAAUUAGGCCACUAAGCCCUUGUGAAGGUGACGGACUGAUCCGGUGCUGGCAGACGGGGAUCGUCAGGGUGUGGCCAAAUUACCGUUUUCAUAGGUUUUGGUAAAUGUUUUUUUUUUUUUUUUUUUUUUUUUUUUUAACAAAGGAGACAGCUCAAGGGCACAAAAAAAGAAAACAAUAAUAAAAAAAGCCCGCUACUCGCUGCUCCCAAAAAAGUAUCAAAAGAGGUGGCGGAAUGAAAGGUCAAUUUCGGGAGGAGAGGUGUCCUGAUACCCUCCUUUGCAUGAAUAAGACAAGUUAUGGAAUUCCUACCAAGGACAAGUGAACACUGACUUAUUGAUUUCAUUUCCAGUAAUUUUUUAUUUAUUUAUUUUUACAGCAGAGGAGACCGUGCAAGGGCGUGAAAAAAAAGAAAACAAUAAUGAAAAAGAAAAAGCCUGCUACUUACUGCUGAUAUAGUAGAGGGCACAAGGCUUAGUGGUCAAAGAUACAAUUUUAUUUUACUACGCCAGCUUUAGUAAUGGUAGUGUUAGUAGUAGUAGUAGUAGUGACGGUGGUGGUAGUAAUAGUUGAGGUAACGGCAAACACUUCCUUGACACUUGUAGUACAUUCAGGUGACCACAUAUGCAUCGCCCCAUCGCUGGCGGCCCCCAAACAUAUCACAAGCCACCUCACAAUACAGACAAUCACCACCUCAACCACCUCCCUCUCCCAGCCUUUAAUUUCUCUAACACUUAUUAGCUUCUUUGAGUUGCGGCACUGCACCGAAGACCUCGUUGCUGAUUCUGUGAUGCUUUCCUGCCUCUUGUUUGCUUUUAAUUCACGCUGUCGCUCGACCUCCUAAUAUUUGACUCGCACUGUCACUCGUCCACUGAAUGAUGGCUUGGAAAUGUCACCCAGCACCACGUAGUCUAAGUAUAGUGAUUUAGAGUGCUGUGGAGGCUGGUGUGAGACAUUUCCAGACAUGUUUUACUGGAAGUGUUAUUCUGAUUGCCUCAAGCUGGGAGAGUCCAUUGCCAGCACAGCACGUCACAAGCUUUAGUGUAGUGGACGUUCAGGUCCACCUUUGCUUUGUUUGUAGAAACUUUUCGCUGCUUUUGUCAGUCUCAUAGCUCUGACAUGUUCAUUAUUGCUAUUUGCUCAUUUGUAUUUAUUUAGUGUUUUUGUAUUCUACUUGUAUUUUAUUUAAAUUCCAUUUUAUGAUUGUAUUGUCUAUUGCGUGUAUAUAUCGCAUGGCUCCACACCGCUGACCUCUAGUGGCACAGUCUCAGAGUUGGCUCAUGGCUUGCUGUUUGGCAACACUGAUGGUUUAUUGGCUCAUUGGCACAUCUUGCAUCUGUACAUAACACACAAGCAAGCACCAUCACACACACACAACGCUUGGAUUUGUACCUCAGUAUUUAUGCACAAUACUACCAUUGUUACUUCAUGUGGCCAGCCAGCCACUCACUGCCUUUAUGCCACCAACAACUCUACAUUCACGUCUCACACGUAUUCUAGGUCAGCCACUCUUCAAAACAACGGCUGAACCUGGAAUUCUUUACAUAAUGAAUCCGAGUUAUGGCUCUCCACACUUAACAUCUAUCUCAUAUCAAGAAGCAAAGCAUGGCUUGAAAACCUCUCUCCAGAAUGCUCGCUGACCUCUUACACACAGGAAUCAUCUCUUCACACACACAGUUGCGGAGGCGACUGGUGUUACGCUAGUGUUGACCAUCAGGUGAACGCUACCCCCUGAGUGCUUCCAUCCGCUAGGCUUUCUGGAGUGCUUAGCGACGGGUGAUAAGUAAUGGCAGGGGACGGGACACGCCGUAUAACCUUGCCUCAACAUCACUGUGCCAAAGGGUGUCUGUCUCUUGGCCUGCUGUUUGUUGGUGGGUCUCACAGCAGGUGUUUGUCUUCUUGAGUCAUUAUGUUAACGUCACUCAUCAUUUGGUGGGACUCAUGGCACUGUUCUGAGUCAUCAUGGCAGUAUAUUUUUGUCAUUAUGCUAACUCUCCAUCAUUUGGUGAGGCUCAGCAGUAGGUUUUUGAGUCAUUACAUUACUUCUCCAUUCAUUUGGUGGAGCUCAUGGCAGUAUGUCCUCGAGUCAUUGUGUUAACUCUCCAUUCAUCGUUUCUGCCGACUUUUUAUUCCCCAAUUUUUAAGUUACUGCAGCAUUAAGAGGAAAGUUAUCACAUAGGCCUGUAUUUACAAACACUUUGGGGCCUAGCCUAACUCCAUCUAUUUGGCUCUUGUAAAGUCUGUUCACUUAAGUCCGACCCAAGCUGACAACAUGAACCUAAGCGUGUUUGCAAGCUGAGUGCUGAUUGGCUACUGCUGUGGCUUCCAAGUUUUCUUUAACCUCUGUUUGUGUUUAUCUCGUGCAACACUUUCUGCUAAUCUGCACUGUGCUUACGAACAUGCUUAGGUUUAUGUUGUCAGCUUGGGGCAGACUUAAGUAAACAGACUAUAGUUAUUGUGAUUUUCUUAACCCGGUAGCAGCGACGGGCCAAAUUUGUGCCAUAUUUACCCCCCAAAAUAGAUGACACAUAAUCUGAUCACAAAUGCUUUGAUAUAUAUUAUGAAAUGGUUUGUGUGAAGGGUGAUUUUUUCUCUUUUUCUCUCACUAAGAGGGACCAUUAAGAAACAUGAUCCCCACUGCUACCGGGUUAAGCAUUUCCAUGACCUUGCUGAGUCUCACAAGGCUUUUGAACCAUGAAUGUGAAAAUCAACACCCUGAGAGAACCUGACAACUCUUCUCUUUGGUCUUGGCAGGAAUGUGAAGUGUCUGAGAGUACAGGUCUUUGUGAUAUUCUCCGAAGCUUGAAAAUGAUCAUAGCCAGUUGUCUAUUAUUUCUUGUGUCCAGCUUAUAUUGUAUCUGCAAAUAUUUAUACAUUCCUGAGGCUGUAUUUACGUUUGUGUUUCAAGUGCUAGGUUCUGUCUGUCAACAUUGUAAUCAGCAAAUAUUUCAUCACCCUCUGAAACAAACUGUAAGUCAUUUUUCACUUUUUUGGGAAAUCCACAAAAGUCAUGAUGUAUGUAGGCAGAAAUGUUAAGGUAAAUUUUAGUACACUCGCACCUCAAAUGACGGCCUACUAUUCCAAAAUGUGCGUCAGAUGAUUAAAACUUAAUUGUGCCAAAAAUCAGGAAAUCACCAAAAAAUGACUUGGGGAGUUUGUUUAUGAGGGCGAUGAUUUAUACAUUCCUGAUGCUGUAUUUACGUUUGUGUUCCAAGUGGUAGGUUCAGUCUGCCAAGGUGCGCUGAAGCCCUGGCCACGCGUUUUGAAAGGGAAGCCCGAAGACAGUGCUUAUAGCCUUAGCGUACCUAGAGCAAGUAACGCCUUAAAGCUAUAUAUAUUUUCUUGCCCUCCACCUAGCAUGUCAGGUCUCACACCCAGGUUAAUAUUAUUUAAUUUGCACUAAAAAUGAUUAUAGUUACAUUUAACUACAUAUAUAAGUUGUAUAAGCAAGAUGUAUGCUAUUUUAUAUAAUUUUAAGUCUCGUUAAUAAAGUAGAAUGUUUAUUGAGGGUGAGGGGAAGAGGGUGCAGGGGCAGGGGAAGGCACAGGGGCAGAUAGGGGAGGGGAGGGGUCUUAGUCAGGGAAGAGGACCAUAGGUGUAAGGAGGGGUGGGUGAGUCAGAGGGACGGUGAUAAAGGGAAGGAAAUGUAUACAAAGGAGAAAUAUUAAAUGAUACAAAGUGGGGAGUAGAUGGCGAAAAAAUUCAAAACAAAUUAAGCAAGUUUAAAAUCGACGCAAUGGAGCGUUGGAGAUAAAUGCGAUGUGGUGAGCAGAUGGCGAGAAUCAAAGAGAAACAGAUGAGGAUAAAAUCAGUGGAAAGCUAGAGAUGGAUAUGGGAGAGUCAGGGAGAAACUGAUGAAUGAGAAUAGUGACAAGAUGGAGGUUGGUAGGAAAUGGAAAGCAGAAAGGGAAGAAAUUAUGAAGCAGGUGAGAAGAGCAAGGCCCCGUCCACACUAUCAGGCACUGUGUGUAUUUCUCUCACUUCUCUAGCAGUGUUACCCGGUGGCUGAGAGUGUUGUUUAACUGCCUCCACAUUAUUGGUCAGUUCCCGUGUGUUGUUGUACACCCGGAUGUGGCAUAAAUCAGCAAUAGUACUUGACGGACAGAGGACAAACUUAUGUUGGUUGAAAAAAACCUGUGUGUUCUUGUGAGUGUGGCCUCGUGAGCAUGCUGUCAUCUAUAAACUGGGCCCCUGCUAAUCCCUGGACCCUGACCCAGGUGGGGUUUAGAUUCUGGUGUCCGAGUGUACAACACAACUUUGCCCAAGAAACAAAGCUUUCCAGGCAUUCCUCGACAGUGUGGACGGUCAAGCCGGGGCAAGUCGAUGGUUUGUCUGCUUGUGACGUCAUCUCUGCUUGUGCUGCCAAUCUUCAUCCAACUGUGUGUAUUGUUGAGCAAACACUGUUACUAAAUCCUAUUCCAAUUCACAUGUUUGGAUGGUGGGUGGCAGGCAAGAGCAGACAUCAUAAGCAGGGAAACCAGGCAAACCAUUGAAAUAUCCUUGAUUGAUAGAAGUGCCUGACGGGCUUUGUCUUGUAAGUGCACAGCCUGCCAGGCACUGCUCCGUUUGGUAACACUGCUUGGGAAGCAAGAGAAAGACUCAGCACACAUUGCCUGCCAGGCACUGCCUGAGAGUGUGGCCAGGGCCUAACAAAACAUUGCUAGGUUACACUCCAGGGCAGGACUAUCCCACAGGAUCUACAGUCAGUGAAGGACUUAGGGCCAAGAGUGCCUGGUGUGGAGUAAGGCAAGAAGAGCAAGGUGUGUCAGGCAGGGAACAAACCUCUCCAGCAAGACCAAAGUGAACAAAACAUCAGUACUAUCGUUAAUACAUUUUUGUUGUUACUAUUCGUGUGUAUAUCAGUUUGUCUUUUCCUUCCUCCCUUCCUUCCCUCAUUCUGGGAGUAAAAAGUCAUCUGUAAUUCUACGACUUGCAUUCCAUGAAAUAUGUGAUCAUUAA